AUGACUGAUAUUCAAGACAACUUCGCUAAACAAUUGUUUGGUAAAUAUGCUACUGCUCAAGAUGGUGAGCAUUUGGUUUUCAAUGGAAAAUCUGCUGUUAACGAAUCUAUCGUUGCUCAUUCGGGUGGUUCAGAGUAUUUGUUUGAUUUGACUGAACUUCAGAGUCUCGAACAUCGCCCAGAAAUUGGAACCAUAGAUAAGAAUCCAUUCGAGAAGCCGGAGCCGGAGCUAACUGUCCUCUCGUCAUUCGGUAAUAAAGACGAAUUUCGAAUUGUUCUCAACAAGUUUCCAGUAGUUCCAGCUCAUUUUAUGAUGGUUACCAAACAAUUUAAAUCGCAAGAUACACCUUUGUCUCCAUCUGAACUUUCUUCUACCUAUUCGCUUUUGCAUAAAUUGGAAGCUCAAGAUCUGAACAAGAAAUGGUUCGCGUUUUACAAUUGUGGUCCUCAAAGUGGUGCUUCUCAACCACACAAGCAUGUGCAAUUUAUGCCUCUUCCCGACAAUUACACUCCAUUUGCUGAAGUUUUAGCGAAUACCAGUGGUCACUUCAUUCCCAAUCAAUUUCAAGAACCCUUGCAGGAUGGAAAUUUGCCUUUUGCUCACUUUUUAGCAAAGUUGCCAGAGAAAAACACAGAACUUGAUGAGGAAACUUUGGCAUUGACUUUCCUGUCUUUACUUCAAAGAACUUUGACUGUACUUAGAGAUAAUGAAGCAGGCCAUAUUUCAUAUAACGUUAUAGCUACUACAAAGUUUAUUAUGUUGAUUCCCAGAUCAAAGGCGAAGUUUCAAGGAUCUUUGGGUAUCAACUCAUGUGGAUACAUGGGACUCAUCUUAUGCAAGAAUGCUAGUUUAGUUGGGUUAGUUAAGUCUGAAGGACCACUUGCAAUUCUCAGUUCUGUUGGCUUUCCAAGCACAGCUGGCCAAAAAAGUGAUGAAUAUCAUUAUUAG